GUGUAGAACAGAAUGCAACCUAAUUUUAUAAUUUUCUCUAACCGGCAAAUGCUUUAGUAAUUGCAUAGGUUAAAAUCGCUCAAAACUAAGUGAAAAAUAAUUUUCAUCGUUUCGUAAAUUGAAGGAUAAGUCAUCGCAUUAAAUUAUUUUGAAUAAUCUUUAUUUGCAGUAAAAUAAACAACAUUAAACAUGGCAACUGCUAUGCCCAUAAACCCUAAACCAUUUUUAAAUAGUUUAACCGGUAAGCCUGUAAUGGUGAAACUGAAAUGGGGCCAUGAGUAUAAAGGAUACUUGGUGUCGGUCGAUGGAUAUAUGAAUUUACAAUUAGCCAAUACUGAAGAACAUGUAGAUGGUAACUGCACAGGUAAUUUAGGCGAAGUACUAAUAAGAUGUAAUAAUGUAUUGUAUAUUCGUGGUAUUGACGAAGAAGAUGAAGAAGGAGAAAUGAAGGACUAAAUGUUCAUUUGUAGAGUUUAAGUUAAUGUAUUGUGAUUCGUAUUUUUGUAUAAAACAAAUAAAAAUAAUCAGUUAAAUACUAAUUAGUUAUAAUAC